UUCUGGAUUCGUAAGAGCUGUGUGAAGUCUCUCAAGCAUACAUUCGCACAGUAGUCCAAAUAAGCCACCAGGAUGGAGACUUUCUGUGUUUUCCUUCUACUGGCAGUGGGAUCAACGCUGACUUCUCCUGUCCAGGACUCCAAAGAUUCCUUGAUGUAUCCUUAUGGGCCAAACCAAGGUGAUAUGGAGAAUCCCAAGGAAGAUGAUGGGACAUCUCCAGAAAUUACUCUUACAGAGCCCUUCGCCUUCUAUGGCAAGCAAUACCACUCUCUCUACGUAAACAACAACGGUGUGGUCUCCUUUGGUGUGAAUGUCUCACAGUACACCCCUGACCCUUUCCCUCUGGAUGGUGGAUCUCCCUUUGUGGCUCCCUUUUGGGGUGAUGUCGACACUCGGAUUGCGGGGAAGGUCUAUUGGAGGCAGACACGGGACCAAGCGGUGCUUCGCCGUUGCACUGCAGAUAUCAACCAAUACUUCCCUGAGGUCCCUUUCGUAGCUGUCUGGGCCCUCAUUGCUACCUGGGACCAUGUUGCCUUCUUUAGAUCUGCUUCAAAGAAGGUCAACACCUUCCAAGCUGUCUUGACCACUGAUGGAAAUAUAGCUUUUAUCAUGCUGAACUACGCUGAUAUCCAGUGGACCACAGGUCCAGCAAGUGGGGGGGAUCCCAAGACUGGCCUUGGAGGAAUCCCAGCACAGGCUGGAUUUGACAGCGGAGACAAAAUACAUUACUACAACAUCCCUUCUUCCCGCACCGCUGAUGUUGUCAAUAUUGGAGGAACCACCAAUGUGGGUGUGCCGGGGCGAUGGGUCUUCCAGGUGGAUGAAUUUGUGGCUGCAGUCACCACAGAGAGCAUCGACUGUUUGCUGUGAGAUCUCGUUCAACUCAUGACCUUCACUUCUCCAUCUACCAGGACAGGAUGUGCUCCAACCUCGGCAAUAAACCCUCUCCUACUCCAUACAGUCACAGAGCCUUUUAAAUUCACAGUUAAUUGUAGCAUAGUAAUAAAUGACUCUGCGUACA